AUGUGUCUUCGAGUGAAAAAGAUUAUUUUAGUUCUUGUGUUGUGCUCUUCGUGGAUUUUUAUAGUGGCAGAGGAAAGUGAUGGUAAAAAUAGCACAGGAAAGGAUCGAAAUCGAUCGCCUCGUUAUGGAUUUGAAGAUUAUAGCAACAGGUUACCCUUCAAUCCUGAAUUUCAAGGUAGAUAUUAUGAUCCUUCUGCACCAUAUCCGGAAUUUGCUACAAAGCCGGAUCGAUAUGAUUUUCCUCCCUACGAAAUACCAACCAGUUUCGACCAGUUUGUACCGGAUGAAAGCUCAAAGUAUUCGUACGGAGCUGGAGGAUUCUACUUCCCGUACCCACCAAGUUAUGCUGUAGAUGACUCAUACAACAAGAAGGAUGAUAAAACAAAGCCAACACUGCUGGAAGAAGGAGCGACGAAAGUGAAGGAGCUUGUUGAAAAGGCAGUGAAAGUGAUUAGUGGGCCAACUGAAGUGGCUCCCCUCGAAGUUGAAGAUCAACCAUCCUUUUUAACAACCAUUAAGAAAUAUUUCAGAGACCCGACUGUGGCUUUUACUGCAAUAGUAUUUUCAGUUAGCUUUUUAAUAGCAACUUUUCUUCCUUUGGUAAAUAAAUUUUUGGCAAAUGCCGGUAUGCUGCCUGCGGUCACAUCCACAAUCGCCAGCUCGGUUGCCAGAAGUUUGGACAGCAAUGGCAACAUCCAUCUUGAACAAGUUUUGGAUGCCAUCAACGAAUUUGGAGCCAAAUCAUUCGAAGAUCCUCGCUGCUUCCAGAGAUUUCUUUGCCAAGCAGCUAAGUCCCAAAUUGAAAGCAGAAGUGAAGAGGCAUGGUCAAUUCGCAAGAUGAUUCAGAAGCUUUCGAAAAUAGUGGAUUUUAAAAUUCUUAGUUUUAGUAUGUUCAACUUUUUGCCUGAUUUAAAAGAUUUAAACGUAUCUUUUAACACAUUAGAGAGUAUUGCAAGUGAUACAUUUAUCCGUUUACCCAAACUGAAUUCGGUAGAUCUGUCUCAUAAUAAUAUAAAAGCAAUAGAUGGAGCAUUAUUUUCACGAAAUAAUAUGUUGACUACAUUAAUCUUAAAUUUCAAUGAUAUAGUAAUUCUUCAAGAUAACUUACUGCGAAAUUUAAAGGAGUUGAAAUAUUUUUCCUGCUCAUUUUGUAAAAUCAAUUCUUUAGGGAACCAUUUGUUUCAAGAUUCUACAAAACUAAAUACUGUUAUCUUAAACAAUAAUCACAUAAAGCAACUUUAUAAAGAUAUUUUCCAAAAUGUGAAUAGUUUAUAUGACAUUGAUCUUUCGAGGAAUGAGCUGUUUCACUUAGACACUAAUAUUUUUAAAAAUAAAUCCCAUUUAUUUAAGCUAAAUUUAACAUCAAACCAUCUAAACAACAUAAGUGAACUUUUCAACGAAGCUCCAAAUAUACGGAUAUUGGAUUUGAGUCGUAACAGCAUACAGCAUGUUAUUGAUGAUCACAUUAAAGACUUCACAGACUUAGAGUUUAUUGACUUUUCUGAAAACUAUAUUUCAUUCCUACAGCUGGGUCAAACGACGAUACCUAGAGUUCGAAAUAUGUACCUGACAAGAAACAAAAUCUCAAAAUUCAUAGUUGGUUGGAAACAGCUGAUGUAUCUCGAAUAUCUUAACAUGGAUUACAAUCAGUUAACUGAACUAGAAAUUCCUCCGUGCAUACAAAAUAUAAAGCAAACGAUUACUUUUUCAUUCCGAUUCAAUAAUAUUUCUAGAAUACUUAUAGAAUCUCUUAUGAAAGAUGAAACUCGGUCCCGAAAUGAUAGAUACCUAGCUGGAUGCCUUUUCAAUGGUCUGGCAAAAAAUUUUGUCGAUAUCACUGAAAAUCCAUUGCGCUGUGAUUGUGAGUUAUAUCCUUUUUAUCUUUACUUGAAACACAAGCGUUCGAAAUGGAUUGGGUUGGAUUCAUUUAUAAAUGAAGAGCAGAUUGUUUGUGCAGAACCGGAAUUUCUUCAAAAUAUCUCAGUGAUAUCUUUACCGGUAGACACAUUUAGUUGUUUUAGUGACAGUCCUUGUCCUCAACCAUGCAUGUGUGGUAUCAGAGGCAGUGACAACCAAACGUUUGUGAAUUGCACUGGACGGAAACUUGAGAGUAUUCCAUCUGAUAUUUCACCUGAAGUUACUGUAUUAUAUUUCAAUCAAAAUAAACUUACCACAUUAAGUUCUUUGAAUAAUCCAGCGUGGAGAAACUUGACAGAGCUACAUGUGGAUGGAAACGCCUUGCGAGAUUUGGCAGAUUGGGAAAUUCCACCAUCCUUGCAUUUCUUAUCUGUGAAAAAUAAUACUAUUGAAACUUUACCACACGAUCUUAUGAACUUCAUAUCAAACCACACCAGCUUUAGGUUAAUGUUUGCAGGCAAUGGCCUCACUUGCAAUUGUACAAGAAAAAAGUUAAAGCAUUUCCUUCUGCAAUAUCCACUCUCAGUUAUUGACUCCAGUGACAUACUUUGCAAAAUAACUAACAAUGACACUGUUACAACUCUACCUCUGACAAGUGUGCCAGAUUCAAUACUUUGCCCUUUUACUGUGAAAACCUAUAAUGAAGCAGCUAGUGUUAUUUCUUUGUGUGUAUUUUUUAGUUUACUUAUAGCCAUAAUGCUGUUUUAUUACAAGCAGCGCCAGUUAAUUCUUUCAUUUAUAUAUAUGCAUUUCAACCAUGUGUUCCAUUACUGCUUUGAAGAUGGUGAUAUGGAUGAUGAUAAAGUAUUUGAUGCAUUUAUUGCUUACAGCAGUAGUGAUCGCGAUAUAGUGAUGAGUUUGCUUGAAGAACUAGAAAACAGUGCACCAUUUUUUCAGUUAUGCAUUCAUGAGCGGGAUUGGUUACCUGGACGAUUCAUAACUGACAACAUCAUGGAUUCCGUUGAAAGCAGCAAAAGAACAAUUAUAGUUCUCUCUGAAGCUUUCAUAUCUAGUCCCUGGUUUGCAAUUGAACUUCGGGCAGCCGUUAUUCCAAUGGCAUACGACAAGCUGAAUAGAUUGAUAAUAAUCAUGACCGACAAAUCUGCUUCUUUGGACAAUGUGGAUGCAGAAUUGCGGCAGGUGAUAUCAAAAAGAACUUAUUUAGUUUGGGGCGAAAGAUGGUUUUGGGAGAAACUAAGGUAUGCCAUGCCACGGAAAAGUACUGCUGUGAUAUCUGAUGACACCCCAGAAAAUAUUUUGUCCUGUCACCGAAAUAGUAGUGAAAUGAAAUUAAUUCGAAACGUUUAGGCAUGACAGAGCUGAAAAGUUUCUUGCUGAUUUUGUCCAUACUGCCCUUUUAAUUAAAAAAAUUUCGCUUUUUCCUUGAAAUACAUUGCUAGAAACAAUUAGGGG